CUUCAGGAUCUUCCCGAAUCACAAAGAGCUGAUGCAGUGAGUAGUUUGGUGUAUGAAGCAAGUGCAAGAAUCAGAGAUCCAGUCUACGGGUGUGCAGGGGCCAUUUGCCAUCUCCAAAAACAGAUAAACGAACUGCAAGCAGAGGUAGCCAAGACACAUGCUGAGCUUGUCAACAUGCAGUGCCACCAAGCCAAUUUGGUGGCUCUAAUUUGCAAGGAAUUAACUCAAACGCCCGCACCAACACCACCACCGCCUGACCACUGCUCACUUGACAACAAUUUCAGCUCUGCCACUCCUCAGAGCUACCCUUUGUUUGAUGAUAGCAAUAUCUGGGAGGCUCUUUGGACAUGAAAAAGAAAACACUUGGACAAUGGCUGGAAUGGGGAGGAAAGAUUAGUCAAAGCUGAUUGAAAGCUUAGUACUUAGUAGUUGAAUAUUGGGUAAUAUUAGCGUGUUGUUAGGUUAGAUGGGUUCCUCAUUUGCUCCCUUAAAACCAAGAAAAGUGGAGUGAAGACAAUGGAAUGAUGUUUACAACACUAGAGUAGUGCCAAAAAUAUUAAAUCUUAGUAUAUAUCCUUUUCCUUUUUUUCUCUUUAGGUUACCUACCAUUAACUUCUAACAUUCAUGUGUCAAGAAAAAGCAUAUCUUUGUCAA